CAGUUAAAGUAGAGGAAUUUCUGGUGUUUUACGUUUGUUAAAGUAGGUUUUAUAGCUCAAACCCCUCUACUCUCCGUUUCUUCUUUUCUCUCUCGCUCUCAUUUUUUUCUCUCCAUAUUUUCCUCUCUCUAUUAAUCUCUUUCUUCUUGUUCUUACUUUCAUUCUCUCUUUGAGCUUACAUAGCUAGCUAUAGCUCCCCACUUUCGUUUGUGGCCGGCCAGGAUACCCUCCCUUUCUGUAAUUAGGCGGAGUUAUAAAUUAUUAGUACUGAAGAACAUCAGAUCCGGGUCAAGGCACGCGGUAUAUGUGAUAAAAGAUUUAUAAUUAGUGGCGGAGAAUGUUAUGCAGAAGUGAAGUUGAUCAUUGAAGGAGAUAGGGAGUGAAGAAGGUGCACGAAUGGCGGAGAAAUAUUUAGAGAAAGGCAUGAAAAAGAGUAAUAUUAAUCAGAUGGGGUCGUCUAUGGGAAGCUCUCAUGAUCUUAUUGAUGCAAAACUUGAGGAACAUCAGCUCUGUGGAUCGAAACACUGCCCUAGCUGUGGACACAAGCUUGAAGGAAAGCCGGACUGGGUGGGAUUACCAGCAGGAGUGAAGUUUGAUCCCACAGACCAAGAACUCAUGGAGCACCUCGACGCAAAAGUUGAGGCUAAGGAAUUAAAGUCUCACCCUCUUAUCGACGAAUUCAUCCCAACUAUUGAAGGAGAUGAUGGAAUUUGUUACACCCAUCCGGAAAAACUCCCAGGAGUGACCAGAGAUGGACUAAGUAGGCAUUUCUUCCACAGACCAUCCAAAGCUUACACAACCGGGACAAGAAAGCGAAGGAAAAUUCAAACUGAAUGUGAUCUCCAAGGCGGCGAAACAAGGUGGCAUAAAACUGGCAAGACGAGGCCUGUCAUGGUGAACGGCAAGCAAAAGGGGUGCAAGAAGAUUCUAGUCCUCUACACAAAUUUUGGUAAGAAUAGAAAACCCGAAAAGACUAAUUGGGUGAUGCAUCAGUAUCACCUGGGGCAACAUGAAGAAGAGAGGGAAGGCGAGCUUGUCGUUUCCAAGAUAUUUUAUCAGACUCAACCAAGACAAUGCAAUUGGAGUGAUAGGAUUAACAGUACCGGAACUCUUGCUGCUGGAGAAGGAAAUAGUAGUGAGCCGACUAGUAGGCGUGACAGUGGAAGUGGAAGCUGUUCUUCGUCGAAAGAGAUGGUUAUCAGUAGCCAUAGAAUCGAUGAUCAUCACUUGUCGGUGGUUGGUGGUGUUCCAUUAGCAAGUUAUAAUCCCAUGGAUAUCCAACAACUCAAAGAUCAUUACAGCUUUGUUCCAUUUAGGAAAAGCUUCGAUGACCAGUUGGGGAGCACAGGAUUAGAAGCUUCAACUGCAAUGGAGACUCCGGUGAGCAUGGGCUUGUCGCAAGACCAUGACCUACAAAUGUCGCAUCAUCAUCAGCAAAUGCAUCAUCAUCAUCAAUCUCAUACACAUGAUCAUCCGCAUCAUCAGCAGCUUGCCACAUCAACGGCGGCUUUCCACAUCAGCAGGCCAUGUCACUCCAUCUCCACCAUCAUCUCUCCUCCUUCCCUCCAUCAAGCUUCCAUUGAUAUUUUAGACGAAGGCUCUUUCCAUGUUUCCAGAAUGAUGCUUCAAAAUGAAAACUUUCAGCAGCAACAACAACAACAACAACAGCAACAGCAUCAGCAGCAGCAGCAACAACAUCAUAAACUAGAAGGAAGGUCUGCAUCUGGAUUAGAGGAACUCAUUAUGGGUUGCACUUCAACAGAUAUCAAAGAGGAGUCGGCCAUGUCAAACCCACAAGAGGCGGAAUGGUUAAAGUACUCAAACUUCUGGCCUGACCCGCAUGACCCUGACAACCCGAAUCAUCAUGGAUAAGGUGAAAAGCAUAAACAUGAAGGAGAAGGAGUAGCAGCAACAAUAAAGAUAAGAAGCUAUUCAAAUAAGCAAGAAAUCACGUGGAGUACAUAACAUAUAUAUACAUAGAGGGAACUGCAGAAGAAAGACAACAUGAUUAUGUUAUCAUCAUUAUACUAUAUACUACUUGAAGCCUCCUUGAGUAUAUAUAAUAUUAAAUAUAUAUUGGUAAAUUUCUGGUUUCUUUUUCAACUGCCAUUUGGUUCCAUGAUGCUGUUGGACUUGGAUAGAUUAAGGAAAAGAAAUUCAAAAGGGGAAAAGGAGAGGAAAAUGAAAGAAAGAAAGAAACCUCCAUUCAAAAGGCUGCUCUCUCUACUGACAAAACAAGCGGGGAAGAAAGAAAACAAGGAAGACCUAAAGCAAAUUCAAGAUAGCCCCCCUUCCUCUUUGCAUGAAAAUCAUCACCAUUAUCAUUACACUCUCCUCUUUUUCUAUACAAAUAUAUUUAUUUGUUUGUUUGUUUGUUUAUUUUUGCUUUGCCGCCUUCUAUACUUUCCUUAACUUCUUUCCGUUUAAUAUUUGUAUUCAGAAAGCACCGCACCAUAUAUGUGUGCAAAAUUGCAACAAUAUACAGUUUUCCUUGGUAAUUAAAUGCCAGAGGUUUUUUCGAGAAA